AGGCACUUGAUGCAUUCACUUUCUGAAUGGAAGUAUGCAAACUCUGUACCUUGUGAUACAUCGCACUCUCGUUCAGGCAAAUCGUCGAACAGGUUACGUCCCAGAUUUUUCUGCCCAGAAAAUUUCAUCGGGCUUCAAAUUUUUUCUCUGCACCCAAACACCAAAUGAUUUUCCCGAGAAAAUCGUCGAGUCCAAACAAGCAGAACCCAGGUCCUGCUUAUCUUACAGGAUUGAGAAGCUGCCGAGUGGAGAACCAGUUGGGUCUGCCUUCCAGAGCUGGAUGGGUGAUGGCUUCCCCAUUCAUAGAGGUGACGUCUUCCACGCCAUUAACCGCCUCAGGAAGCUCAAGAAGAAUAAACGCGCUCUUGAGGUAAUGGAAUGGGUGAUCAGAGAAAGGCCCUACAGGCCAAAGGAACUAGACUACUCUUAUUUGCUGGAAUUUACAACCAAGUUUCAUGGGAUAUCUCAAGGUAAAGAACUCUUUACCCGCGUUCCAUCGGAGUUUCAAAACGAUCUCCUUUACAACAAUCUUGUGAUUGCCUGCUUGGAUAAGGGUGCAAUAAGGCUUCCGCUCGAGUUGAUGAAGAAAAUGAGGGAAUUGGGCCAUCCCAUCUCGCACUUGGUUUUCAAUCGGCUCAUUGUUCUUCAUUCCUCUUCAAGGCGUAAAAAGUUGAUAGCAAAAAUCCUCGCUCAAAUGAGGGCCGAUAAAGUUCCCCCACAUGCCUCGACAUUCAACAUUCUCAUGAAAAUAGAAGCGAACGAGUACAGUAUUGAGGGAUUGAUGAAGGUAUACUCUGAUAUGAAGCGAGCAAAUGUUGAGCCAAAUGAAAUAUCUUACUGCAUCAUAGCGACUGCCCAUGCAGUGGCAAGGUUGUAUACGGCCGCUGAAGCGUAUGUUGAAGCCUUGGAGAAGUCAGUUACGGGUAACAACUGGUCAAUGUUAGAUGUUCUAAUUAUGUUGUAUGGGUAUUUGGGGAAGGAGAAGCAAUUGGAGACUUGGGGCUUAGUGAAGGAACUGCCCCAUGUUAGGUCUAAAAGUUAUGUGCUGGUAGUUGAAGCAUUUGGUAGAAUCGGACAACUCAACCGAGCUGAAGAACUUUGGUUAGAGAUGAAGUCGGUAAAAGGGAUGAAAACCACUGAGCAGUUCAAUUCCAUGAUAUCUGUCUAUUCCAAACAUGGCCUUAUCGAUAAAGCAUCCAAGGUUUUCCGGGAGAUAAAGAUGGUUGGGUGCCAACCAAAUGCCAUAACUUUCCGGCAUCUUGCUCUGGGUUGCUUAAAAGCAGGAUUGGUAGAGGAAGCUGUUAAGACUUUGGAGUUGGGGAUGAGUUCGACGAUGAGCAACGUGGUGAGGAAUUCUACCCCGUGGUUGGAGACCACUCUUUCGAUAAUCGAGGGUUUUGCCGAGAAGGGUGAUGUAGGGAAUGCUGAGAAGUUGUUUGAUGAACUUGCAAAAGCCAAGUAUGCAAGGCAUACUUUUGUGUACAACACUUUGAUUAAGGCUUAUGUAAAAGCCAAAGUUUAUGAUUCAAACCUUUUGAAGAGGAUGAUUCUUGGCGGCGCAAGGCCGGAUGCCGAAACCUAUAGUCUGAUGAAACUUGCCGAGCAGUUUCGAACCUGAUUCCGCGAUGUAACAUAGUUGUAACUUGUAAGGUGUUUUGAUGCAUUUAUAUUGAUUCUUACACAAAAAUUUUACCAAUUUGUAAAUGGAAGAUAAUACGAUGGACGGGGCACCGGUUGUUUUUUU